AAGCACUAUCCCUCAACAUAUCAUAUUUGAUUUUUGUGUUGCACACAAGUACUUAGCAAGCCAAUAGCUCAAUUCUUGAUUCGACCUCAGCUUUCGAAUCUGCCUGUACAAAAUUGCCAUCGGCUCCUCAUCAUAAGUCAGGUCAUCGCCUUCCUCUUGUAAUUGAUUUUUUUUUUUCUACUACGCUUAUCCAUCCGUCAAAUUAACAUCCAGUAAGUAAUUUUGCCAUGGAGAGGUUUGCUCUACUUGUCAUAUUGUUAGUGACAAUAUUUGCAUGGGCUGAAGGGCAAGACCAAGAAUCAUGGGCCAAGAGGGUAGAAUCAGGCAAAGAAGUAGUGACAACUCUUCAAUUCUAUUUUCAUGAUAAACUCAGUGGAUCUAACCCAAGUGCAGUGAGGAUAGCCCAAGCAGCUGAGACCAACAAUUCGGCUACAAUAUUUGGGGCUUUACUGAUGAUUGAUGAUCCACUUACUAUUGGACCAGACCCAACUUCAAAGUUAGUGGGCCGGGCCCGUGGGCUUUACGGGUCAGCUGGUCAAACUGAUUUGGGCCUUAUCAUGGUGCUCAACUAUGGGUUCACAGAUGGUAUUUACCAAGGCAGUUCGUUUAGCCUGUUAAGCUUGAACCCGGCGUUGAACCCGGUUCGUGAAAUGGCUAUUGUUGGAGGGACCGGUUUAUUCCGGUUGGCUCGUGGGUAUGCUAUUGCUCAAACCUAUUCGGCUAAUCCUAAUGGUGAUGCUAUUGUUGGAUAUAAUGUUACCAUUGUCACAUAUAUUUAAUCUCUUUUUGUUUUUCCUAUAGAUGCAACUAGUCUGCAUGCAUUUAGUCUAGUUCUUCAUUUUUUCCUUGCCUAAUUUUGCAUGCCUUUUUUGGAAUGAUAUUGAUGUGUGAGCAAUAAAGAAAUUGAAGUA